AUGGAAGCUGAUAGAAUUGCCGAAGAAUUUUCUAAAAGUCUGGAACUAUAUGGAAUAAUUUUCGAAAAGUUAAUUGCUGACAGAGACAGCAAUUGCUAUCAAAAAAUAUUAGAUACCCAUCCAUAUAAUAAUAUUGUAGUUAAAAAAAUAGAAUGCAAAAAUCAUUUACUAAGAAAUUACUCAAGAAAAUUAAGAGAUUUAACAAAAGUAGAAUCCGUUAAUGCAAUUAUUACAAAAUUUAUUGGGAGCAAAAGGAUCUACUAUGGUCACAGAAGGUCUUAUCGAGCAAGAUGUUUUGCUGCCGUGGUGAACAAAAAUACAAGAAUGCCUCUUUAUACCCUGAGAACUUGCCUUGGACGAAAAGUUGGCAAGUUCGGCAAGACCUUCGAAUUUAAAAAAUUAAGGAAAAUAAUCAGAAAGAAAAAGCGAAUACAAAAAAUAAAUAAGACUGAUAACGACGAAAGCUAUGGCCAAUUUUGCCAGAAGCCAGAUCUUCCCGAAGAAGAUUUAAUAAAAGAAACAAAUGAGUUUUUAGAUACUUUAAAAAAGAGUAAUGAAGAAAUCGAAUUUCUUUAG